UUAGAAAGUACUUUAUUAAGAACUGCUAAUACUAUUUUAGAAAAGAAAGUUGCUGAGUUGGAAGAAAUGGAAAUUGCCGCGAAAAAAGACGUUUCUGAUUGUGAUGAAAAUGACUGUGAAAAUAUUUGUGAAGAUAUUUGUGAAGAUAUUUGCGAAGAUAAUUGUGAAGAUACAUAUGAAGAAAUUUGUGAAGAUAUUGAUUCGGAAGGAUUAGACGAUGGUUCUGAAGAUUCAGAAACUUUAAAAGAUAAUGAGUUUGAACGUGUAUAG